UGAGCAUGUACGGCUGGCUCGACGCCACUAUGAGAUCGGUUCAGUCUGCUGCUGUUACCGCUUUUACAUCGGAUUUAUAUUUGAUAUGGAUAUUGUUCACUAUAUCGAUAACAACAAUCAAAGCAGGUCUGGAGCACAGGCCUUCAGAAGACUGUCCACUGGGUCACUUUCCAUGUGGCAAUAUGAGCAUCUGUCUGCCACAGGUUCUGCACUGCAACGGCCAAAACGACUGUCCCAAUGGAGCUGACGAGGACAACUGUGGAGAUAACAGUGGCUGGGCAGAUCUCUUCGACCGGACUUUUAAAAGGGUUUAUCCACAAGAUCUUGCUACAGUCUGCCAAGUGGAGCAGUACCCUGAUCGCUGCCGGUGCAUUAACACUGAGAUCCACUGUGUGCAUGUCAGCUUGAGAUCCAUUCCACAGGUGUCAUCGAAUGUUACCUCCCUGUCGUUGAAGAGCAACAAGAUUCGUGUGCUACCCGAUGAGGCUUUCAUCAAAUUCAUAAAACUACAUAGGUUGUUUCUCCAGGAUAAUUACAUUAGUACUGUUUCCAUUCAUGCUUUUAGUGGUCUAUAUAAGCUGCAAAAACUAUCUUUGAGCCAGAACUGCAUCUCCUUGCUUUCUCCUGGAGUGUUCAGUGAUCUUCAUAAACUCAAGUGGUUGAUUUUGGAUGAAAAUCCCAUAACAACAAUUACAGCCAACACAUUUACUGGCCUGAGUUCCCUCUUCUUCCUGUCAAUGGUGAACACCUUUCUAGAACAGCUUCCACCCGCCAGACUCUGCACACAUAUGCCCUUUCUCAGCUGGCUGGAUUUCGAGGGAAACUGUAUUAAAACUUUGGGCUUGUCAACUUUACUCGGUUGUGAACCUCUGACUGUGCUGUCAUUGAGAGCCAACCUCAUCAAGAGUCUGCCAGAGAACACCUUCCAGUCUCUGCGUAUGAUGGAAGACCUGGAUCUGUCCAGUAACUUGAUAAAGGAACUUCCAGUCAGUAUAUUCAAGGAUUUACCCUCAUUGCAGAUUCUGAAUCUGUCCCAAAACCCACUGGACCACAUCCACCCAGGCCAGUUUAACCACCUAAUUCAGCUCCAGUCUCUGGGCCUGGAGGGAGUGGAGAUCCCAAAUAUCCAGACAAGCAUGUUCCGCCCCAUGUAUAACCUCUCCUACGUAUAUUUUAAGAAGUUCCAGUACUGCUCUUAUGCCCCACAUGUCCGAAAGUGUAAACCGAAAUCAGACGGACUCUCGUCUUUUGAAGAUCUGCUUGCUAAUGUGGUUCUUCGUGUGUCCGUGUGGGUCAUGGCUUUUAUCACCUGCUUUGGAAACCUCUUUGUCAUCGGGAUGCGGACAGUCCUGCGGGCUGAGAACAACCUGCAUGCUCUCUGCAUCAAGGUUUUGUGCUGUGCAGAUUGCCUGAUGGGGGUCUAUCUUUUUUUUGUGGGGGUCUUUGAUGUGAAGUUCCGUGGCGAGUACAACAAGAAUGCUAAGCUGUGGAUGGACAGCCUGGAGUGUCGUAUCAUCGGCUUCCUGGCUAUGCUGUCCUCUGAGGUUUCCGUCAUGAUGCUCACUUAUUUGACCAUGGAGAAGUUCCUAGUCAUUGUUUUUCCUUUCAGCCACCUGCGACCGAGCAAAUGCCAAACAUUCACCGUUUUAACCUCUAUAUGGCUGCUGGGUAUCUCUAUAGCUGCAGUGCCUCUGCUUAAUGAGGAGAUGUUUGGGAAUUAUUACGGACACAAUGGAGUGUGUUUCCCUCUUCACUCUGAAGGUCUGGAAAAGCCCAUUGCAAAGGGAUAUUCCAUUGGAAUUUUUCUUGGACUUAACCUGGUGGCCUUCCUCAUCAUUGGCGUGUCCUACUCCAGCAUGUUUUACUCCAUCUAUAAGACUGGCAUCAAUGCCACAGAGCUGCGUGGACGGCUGCACAGGGAUGUGGCAAUGGCACACCGCUUUUUCUUCGUCGUGUUCUCUGACGCCCUCUGCUGGAUUCCCAUUUUCCUGGUCAAAAUCCUCUCCCUGCUGGAAGUUGAGAUACCAGGGACAAUCACGUCUUGGGUAGUGAUCUUUGUCCUCCCCAUCAACAGUGCCUUGAAUCCCAUCCUGUACACUCUGACCACCAGUUUCUUCAGAGAGCAGGUGGAACUUUUAAGGUGUCAUUGGCAUAGACAGCCAAGACUCAGACAGGACCGCAAAAGCCUCACCAGCUCUGUUAUCCACACGGACCCCUCAAGGUCUUCUUUCUACCAUCACAGCUACAACCCACAGACCAGAGCCGAUCCUCCCUAUACUCGUAACGAGGCAGAGGCGCUGCAUACCUCGAGGCAAGUGCGAGAAUUUACCUCAGCCGCAGCAACUUUAGGAUGGAGCAAUAGUCGAGAAAACUCGUCUCCUCACAGGUGUGGGCUGUUUCUGGUGCUAUUUCUAAUUACAAAUGAGCGUUACAAGCGACUGAAUAAGGACAAUCCACAUCAGAGCCUUCCAAUUCAAAUAACAGGCACAAGUGAUUCCUCCAUCCCAGUGGAGUUUGGGGAUGCCUCUCCAAAAACACGAGACGUGCAAGGAUCUGCGUUAUCUUUGGGGAAUCCCACCCUCUGGACUAUCACAGGAUGA